CCGUGGCAGCCCCGUGGGCCUGGGAUACGUACGAGAGAUCGCGCUAGCGCUAGCCUGAUCAGCCGGACGCUUUGGAGGGGGAGGGGCCGUGCCGAUCAGCUGUUUUAGAAGUCAGAAGAUAUUUAGAAUUCAUAUUUCAAAAGAAGGCUAUAUCAUGCAAUCGAUCGUGACCGACAAGCAGACAAGUCUUGCUGAAUGAAAAUCAUAAUGAUUUUGAUCGUAAUGGGAGUGAGUGGAAGUGGAAAGUCAACAGUUGGGAAAAUGCUGGGAGGAAAGCUUCAGUGGGCCUUUGAAGAUGGAGAUGAUUAUCACCCACCAAGCAACAAAACAAAGAUGUCUUCUGGCAUUCCUCUCGAUGAUAUGGACCGAUAUCAAUGGCUUUUGAACCUGAAUAGUGUGAUACAAAAAUGGCAGAAAAGCAAUCAGCAUGGCAUCAUCGUGUGCUCAGCACUAAAGCGCAAAUACAGACAGGUAUUGUUGUUUGGAGCAAAGGCUAAAUACUCUGAUACUAAUACUGAAGUGAGCUUGUCAUCUGCUUUAAAUAACAAACAUACUCAAGAUAUAAGAACAGAUUCUAAAUCAGAUAUCAAGUUUGAACAAUUGCUAACAAGUACAGAGGAUCGUCACCCCUACCAAAGUAGGUCCACACCAACAUCAUUCGUCGAAGAUGUUCCUUCAACAUCGCCCAGUCAACGGGAGGAACAUCUCGUCCAUAACAAGGACUCCUGCAGUCCCACAGGCCAGGAAAAACACCAGGUCUUAUUCAUCCACCUCAAUGGGACCAUGGAACUCAUCUCAUCUCGACUUGGUCAGAGGAAAGGACAUUUCUUUAACCCUGGACUCCUUCAUUCUCAGUUUGAUACCCUUGAGGACCUAGGUGCAGAUGAGGAUGGUCUGGUGGUGGAUAUUAGCAAAUCAUUGGACUCAGUGGUCUCACAGAUAGAGACUCAUGUUCUUUCACUUUUAUCUUUGCCAAUUUCAUAAUUGACAGCAGGGGCUCAUUUACUAAAGAACAAUGACCAUGAUAUCAUUGCCAUUACCUACCAUGGAACAAACCUGCAGCUUGCACCUGUACAUUAUAUAAUUAUGGCUGUGAUGGUGCUGCAAGAAAAUCCUGUUAUUCCCAACCAAAGUGUAUCAGCUUUGUAUGUCAUAUUCAUUUAAAGUCACUCUACUAUAUUAUGGAGAUAUUCAGUCAAGAGUUGUUUUACAAUCAGGGUAUAUUAUUUAAAAAGAGAAAAAUGCAGCAAUUGUCAACACCGGUUUGAACCCCAAUAAAAAAUAAAUGGGUGACCUCAUGCUCAAAUUUCUAAGAAAAUUUAUUGUGAUUGUUUUCAAGGUACACAC